AUGCAGGCUCCGCAACCUACACCGCCGAUCAUUCUACCUUCACCGUCUUCGCUCAACUUUCCUAGCUUGCAAAGCCUACCGCCGAUGUCACCACCUGCGACGUCGCAGACAUCAGUACAAAGCGCGGACUUACAGGAUCUACAACACCAAGUUCGUGUCAAAACCUUUGAAUUCCAGACUCUGCAGCGCGAGUACAACGCUUUGCUCCAGAACCUCGAGAGACAAAAGUUGAAAUGCGCCACGUGUGAGAAGAAGCUCGAGGUUAGUGAUAUGGAGAUAAAUGGCCUGAAGGAAGAGAAGGAAAGGUUGCUAGCGCAAGUUAUGUCAGUCGAAGGUCAGAUUGAAGAGCUACAGCAGGCUAGGGACGAGGCCCGGCGGCAGUUGGUUGCUAAUGGGGCACAAUACGUGCAGAUCAUGGACAUGGCAAACCGGCUCCAGUCACAGAGUGCCGAGGCCAAGAGGAAGUGGGAAAUCGAGAAGGCAGAGCUAGAACAGAGGAUUCGGUUACUAGAAGAAGCUAUGGUGACAGGCACUCAGAAGCCAACAUCUUCAGCAGUCGCGGAACAGCAAUCCGGUAUCACUCCAAGUCCGUCGCCUUUCGGCUCAACGCACAGCAUGCCUACCUCGAUCUCAUCACAGGCAGAGACUAUCAACGUCCUCCGUGCUGAAGUGAGCCGUCUUCGCUCCAGGACGCAUGUGCUCGAGUCGACGGUGCAGAAUAUGCGAUGCGAAAGCCUUUCCAUCCAAACAGCAGCACGACAAAUACUUGAGUCAGGCGGGAAGAUGGGAGAUAUCGCACAAGACGUAGUGGGUGGAGACGGAUGA